AUGUCCUCGUCCGAAGGCGUGACCAGCGGGACUUGCUGGUGGCGAAGGCGAUCGACGGUGCUGACGGGUGGACCGACCGUCGCCUCGUCAUCUCGAAGAUGCGUAUACGUCUACAGCCUCGCAGGAGGCCACAAGGUAAGUGACCCCCAGGUAAGCUGAAUGUUGCCUUGUUGUCUUUGCCUGCUUACCAUCUUCAAUUCAGCAAUGAGCUAGCUCAACGACUAGACAACCUUCUCAUCACCGACGCCGCCGCUGCCGAGAACGCCUCCAUGGAGAACCGCUGGUGUCAACUGCGGGACACGUCCAGGCGACGGCGCUAGCUGUCCUUGGUCGCGACGCCGCCAACACCAGGACUGGUUCUACGACAAAGAUGCCGUCACCUGCAGUCUGCUCGCCGAGAAGAACCGCCUACACGACGCCUACGUAGACCACCCCACUGACGACAACAGAAUUGCUUUCCACCUCAAUCGACGCCACCUUUAGCGACGACUGCGCGAGAUUCAGGACGCCUGGACUGCUCGCAAAGCUGAGGAGAUCCAAGGCUACGCUGACCGCAACGAAUGGAAGAACUUCUUCUCCGCUAUCAAAGCUGUCUACGGUCCGCCGACGAAGGGCACUGCUCCUCGCCUCAGCGCCGACGGCAACACUCUCCUGACUGAGAAGACGCAAAUCCUGCAGCGACGGGCCGAGCAUUUUCGAGGCCACCUCAAUCGCCCCUCCACCAUCUCCGACGCCGCCAUCGACCGCCUGCCGCAAGUGGAGACCAACGCGGACCUCGAUCUCCCGCCAUCUCUCCAGGAUACCACAAGGGCCGUACAGCAGCUCUCCAGCGGGAAAGCACCCGGAUCGGACGCGAUCGCUGCUGAGGUCUACGAGCACGGAGGUCCCCAACUCAUGGAUCAUCUGACCGCGAUCUUCCAGGAGAUGUGGCGUCAAGGUGAAGUCCCGCAAGACUAAAAAGACGCAACAAUCGUGCAUCUCAACAAACGAAAAGGGAACCGACAAAUCUGCGACAAUUGCCGUGAAAUCAACUUGCUGAACAUCGCCGGGAAGAUCUUCGCUCGCAUCCUCAUCAACCGCCUCAAUAACCAUCUCGCACAGGGUCUACUGCCGGAAAGCCAAUGCGGCUUCCGCCGUCAUCGUGGGAAAACGGACAUGAUCUUCGCCGCCCGUCAACUUCAGGCGAAGUGCCAGGAGAUGCGGACCCACCUGUACUCUACCUUCGUGAACCUGUCGAAAGCCUUUGACACGGUGAACCGUGAAGGACUGUGGAAGAUCAUGCAGAAUUUCGGCUGUCCGGAGCGAUUCACUCAGAUGGUGCGUCAGCUGCACAACGGUAUGAUGGCGCGAGUCACGGACAACGGAGCUGUCUCAGAGGCAUUCGCAGUGACCAGUGGAGUGGAGCAGGGAUGCGUGCUGGCGCCUACCCUAUUCAGUCUUAUGUUCACGAACCCCUCUUCGCGGACGACUGCGUCCUGAACACCACCUCGGGAUAGGAGAUGCAACGGAGCAUGGAUCUGUUCUCCGCCGCCAGCGAGAACUUCGGUCUGGUCAUAAACACGCAGAAGACGGUGGUGAUGCACCAGCCGCCAUCCCACUCAGCCACAACCCUCAACGCGCCGCAAAUCAACGUGAAUGGGACUCAACUGCAAGUGGUUGAGAACUCCCGUACCUGGGCAGUACUCUCUCCUGCAACACCAAGAUCGAUGACGAAGUCGCCAACAGGAUCUCGAAAGCCAGUCAAGCCUUCGGUCGCCUCCAAAGCACAGUUUGCAAUCGUGAUGGUCUCCAACUAUGCACGAAGCUGAAGAUGCACAAGGUCAUAAUCCUUCGAAGCUGCUGUAUGGAGCGCAGACGUGGACGGUGUACACGAGUCAAGCCCGCCGACUGAACCACUUCCACCUCAGUUGUCUCCAUCGCAUCCUGAGGCUGGACUGGCAGGAACGCAUCCCCGACACCGAUGUGCUGGAACGGACGGGAAACCUGAGCAUCUACUCCAUGUAGAGACAAAUGCAGCUGCGCUGGAGCGGCCACCUGGUGCGCAUGGACGACGAGCGACUACCCAAACGACUCUUCUACGGAGACGCCGCGACGGGUUCUCGCCGUCAAGGGGGCCAAAUUCGCCGUUACAAUGGUACCCUGAAGUCCUGCCUGAAGCGCCUGCAAAUCAACCUGACCAACUGGGAAGAGCUCGCACACAAUCGACCGACCUGGAGGAGAACAGAGAAGACAGACGCUGCGAUCUACGAAGCCAAUCGCAUUGCUGCCGCCAAAGUGAAACGCGAAGCCCGCAAAUCACAACUUCGCCCAGUACGCAACGCCGCCGCACAACCGCCCCCGCGUGUGCUCGAUGUCAACGGACAUUCCGGGCUCAAAUCGAACUUGUUGGACAUCUUCGGAUCAACUGCGCCUCUCGAACUGCACCAACCAUCGUCCCCCCGCCCGCCUCUUCUUCGUCCUCUCUGCCGCCAACUAACUCUGACAAUUCUUCUGAACCACCACUGCCACCCUCCUCCUCCUCCUCCUCCUCUUCGUCAUCCUCCUCAUCCUCCGCCUCCUCUUCCUCCUCCUCUACUGCUCCAAGGACGGCCGCUCAGGCGACUGCCACGCGCGCAACAACCGACACCACCCCCACCUCUCCCGACUCCAGCGAUGAGGAUCAGGAGUACACCUGCCCUCACUGCGACCACACCUUCACCUCACACAUUGGCCUGGUCCGUCAUUUGCGAAUCCAUCGCACAGAGACUGGCGAACCAGUGCCUGGAGCACCAGCCUUCACCCACCACACUCACAUCCACUGCCCGCACUGCCCUCGCACCUUCAGGUAUCGCAUGGGUCCAUUUGGCCACAUGCGAAUCCACGAGAGCGGAAUUGACCGCACUCCCGACACACCCACCACAUCCAAUACAUCCACCAUGGCCAGUCCCACCCUCGCUUUAUCGCCCUGCUCGCCCAUCACCACCUCCACCGCCUCCUCUGCAGCUGACACCGACACUGUCGACCUCUCAUGCCCACACUGCCCACGCACAUUCAACUCACGCAUCGGCCUGGUCGGUCACUUGCGAAUCCAUCGCCCAGAGACUGGAGAACCAGUGCCUGGAGCACCAACCCACACCCACCACACUCACCUCCACUGCCUGCACUGCCCUCGCACUUUCAGGUAUCUCAUGGGCCUAUUCGGUCAAAUGCGCAUCCACGACGGCCUGCGGUAG